GGAUGGUGGACCUGGACAGCGAGGUGCCCCCGCUGCCCCCGCGGUACCGCUUUCGGGACUUGCUGCUGGGCGACCAGGGCUGGCAGAGCGACGACAGAUGUUUGACGAUUGGUUAUCAGACCUCCUAAUGACAAUACAGCCAGUCUGGUCCAGUUCAUAAACACCGAUCUCUCCUCAUUGUAUCCAUUUAUUCCACCUAAGUCUGGGUGCAAGUUGAAUUCUAUAUGAAUGAAAAUACAUUUAAAGAGAGACUAAAGCUCUUCUUCAUCAAAAACCAAAGAUCAAGUCUGAGGAUACGAUUAUUCAAUUUCUCUCUCAAGCUACUAAGCUGUUUCUUAUACAUAAUUCGUGUGCUCCUGGAUGAUCCUACACAAGGAGUUGGAUGUAAGGAGUUAAACCGGAGUUGUUCUAAUCAAAACUACACACCUGGAAUGAUUGACUGGUCUCCUAUUAUUUGGGUGAAUCGAAGCUUGCCUUUAUGGGGAUUACAGGUUUCUGUGGCUUUAAUAAGUCUCUUUGAAACUCUGCUGCUGAGUUAUUUAAGCUACAAGGGAAAUAUCUGGGAACAAAUCCUGAGAAUACCCUUUCUCCUGGAAAUAAUUAAUGCUGUCCCUUUCAUCAUCACGAUUUUCUGGCCAGUCCUAAGAAACCUGUUUAUUCCUGUAUUUUUAAAUUGUUGGCUGGCAAAGCAUGCUUUAGAGAAUAUGAUUAAUGAUCUUCACAGAGCCAUCCAGCGCACACAGUCUGCAAUGUUUAACCAGGUCCUCAUUUUAAUAUCUACCUUACUGUGUCUUAUCUUCACUUGUAUUUGUGGAAUUCAGCAUCUGGAACGAGCAGGAAACAGAUUGACUCUCUUUGACUCCCUUUAUUUCUGCAUAGUGACAUUUUCCACUGUGGGCUUUGGGGAUGUUACACCCAAGAUAUGGCCUUCAAAGCUGCUUGUUGUCAUUAUGAUCUGUGUUGCUCUUGUGGUGUUGCCCAUACAGUUUGAACAGCUGGCAUAUUUGUGGAUGGAGAGACAAAAAUCUGGUGGUAACUACAGUCGACACAGGGCUCAGACGGAGAAACAUGUUGUGCUGUGUGUUAGCUCUCUGAAGAUUGACUUACUUAUGGAUUUCUUAAAUGAAUUCUAUGCUCACCCCAGAUUGCAGGACUAUUAUGUCGUUAUUUUGUGUCCUACUGAGAUGGAUGCUCAGGUCCGAAGGGUGUUACAAAUCCCAAUGUGGUCCCAAAGAGUUAUCUAUCUGCAAGGCUCAGCACUAAAAGAUCAAGACCUGUUGAGAGCUAAAAUGGAUGAUGCUGAAGCUUGUUUCAUUCUGAGUAGCCGCUGUGAGGUGGACCGGACAGCAGCUGAUCAUCAAACCAUUUUAAGAGCAUGGGCAGUCAAAGACUUUGCUCCAAAUUGUCCUUUGUAUGUCCAGAUACUGAAACCUGAGAAUAAAUUCCACAUCAAGUUUGCAGAUCAUGUUGUGUGUGAAGAGGAAUUCAAAUAUGCUAUGCUAGCUCUCAAUUGUAUAUGCCCAGCUACCUCUACGUUAAUCACGCUGCUGGUUCAUACAUCUAGGGGACAAACAGACCCAUGGGAAGCUUUUAGACAACUAACUGGAACAAAGCAGACUUUAAACAGGGAGAGUCAGCAGUCACCGGAACAAUGGCAGAAAAUGUAUGGCAGGUGCUCCGGUAAUGAAGUGUAUCAUAUUAACCUGGAAGAAAGUACUUUUUUUGCUGAGUAUGAGGGGAAAAGCUUCACAUAUGCUUCUUUCCAUGCACAUAAAAAGUUUGGAGUCUGUCUGAUUGGUGUUAGAAAGGAAGAUAACAAAAACAUUUUGCUGAAUCCAGGUCCUCGAUAUAUCAUGAAUUCUACAGAUAUAUGCUUUUAUAUAAAUAUCACCAAGGAAGAGAAUUCUGCUUUUAAGAAGCAAGAAAAGCACAGAAAAAAACAGGAAUCAAAGUUAUCUUACUGUGGAGCUUCUAGGUUGCCUGUACACAGUAUAAUAGCCAGCAUGGGGACAGUGGCUAUCGAUUUGCAAGAUGCAGGAUGCCGAACGUCCAGCGGACCUACGCUCGCUCUGCCUUCUGAGGGGGGUAAAGAGGGCAGACGGCCCAGUAUAGCACCUGUUCUGGAGGUUGCAGACUCAUCCUCACUUCAGACGUGUGACCUGCUAAGUGACCAGUCAGAAGAUGAAACUACCCCAUCGGAUGAUGAAGUCUCUGCAGGCUUAGAGUAUGCCAAAGGCUAUCCUCCUUACUCUCCAUAUAUUGGAAGCUCUCCUACAUUUUGUCAUCUUCUGCAUGAAAAAGUACCCUUCUGUUGUCUAAGACUAGAUAAGGGAUGCCAACAUAACUACUACGAAGACGCCAAAGCCUAUGGAUUCAAAAAUAAAUUGAUUAUAGUUGCAGCAGAAACUGCUGGAAAUGGCUUAUAUAACUUUAUUGUUCCACUCAGAGCUUAUUAUCGACCAAAGAAAGAACUAAAUCCCAUUGUAUUACUCCUGGAUAACCCCCUAGAUGACUUACUAAGAUGUGGGGUCACCUUUGCAGCUAACAUGGUGGUGGUGGACAAAGAAAGUACAAUGAGUGCCGAGGAGGACUACAUGGCAGAUGCUAAGACUAUUGUAAAUGUUCAAACACUCUUUAGGUUGUUCUCAAGCCUAAGCAUUAUCACGGAACUAACUCACCCAGCCAAUAUGAGAUUCAUGCAGUUCAGAGCCAAAGACUGCUAUUCUCUUGCUCUAUCCAAAUUAGAAAAGAAAGAGCGGGAGAAGGGAUCUAAUCUGGCAUUUAUGUUUCGACUGCCAUUCGCUGCUGGCAGGGUUUUCAGCAUCAGUAUGUUGGAUACGCUGCUUUAUCAGUCAUUUGUGAAAGAUUAUAUGAUUUCUAUUACAAGACUCCUGCUGGGACUUGAUACUACACCAGGAUCUGGGUUUCUUUGUUCCAUGAAAAUCACGGAAGAGGAUCUAUGGAUUAGGACAUAUGCCAGGCUGUAUCAGAAACUUUGUUCUUCUACAGGAGACAUUCCAAUUGGAGUCUACAGGACAGAAUCCCAGAAGCUUACAACAUCUGAGUCUCAGAUCUCUAUCAGUGUUGAAGAAUGGGAAGACACUAAGGACACCAAAGAACAGAUCAGUUACCGUAGUAAUCAUCGUAACUCAACAUCUAGUGAUCAGUCUGAUCAUCCCUUGUUACGACGAAAAAGCAUGCAGUGGGCCCGACGGCUGAGCAGAAGAGUACCGAGACACCCUGGUAAAACAGCCGAGAAGAUAAACCAGCAGCGAAUGAACCUUUACAGGAGGUCAGAAAGGCAGGAACUCGCCGAACUUGUGAAAAACAGAAUGAAGCAUCUGGGCCUUUCUCCAGCAGGAUACGAUGAAAUGAAUGAUCAUCAGAACAACCUUUCUUACAUCCUGAUCAAUCCUUCUCCAGAUACAAGAUUAGAGCUGAAUGACAUAGUAUACUUGAUCCGACCUGAUCCACUGGCUUAUGUUCCAAAUACUGCACCCAGCCGAAAAGACAGCUUCUGCAAUACAGUGGGACAAGAUACCAGGGAGGAAACGCAACUUUGAUAUGUAACUUAUCACAAAAUUAAGAGACAAUUUUAUACACAUGUUGUUUCCACUACCCGUUUUGAGAACUGUGUGCUACAUUUUGUUCAGAUUUUGGAAACAAAAAGACAGCGUUUAAGUGACCAAAUACAGAAAUGUGGUGUCUAGAAACUCUGAUUUAUGGGACUGUCAGGCUUGCAGCCUGUUAAACUGGCAAAGUUCUGCUACCACAUGGAACAGAAUUAUGACACCAAUUACUAUUUAACCAAUAUGAACAAAUGAUUUAAAAAGUGACAGAUCCCAUUGUGUUUUGCUUAGAUGCUUCUAAGCAUAUUUAUAAAGGUGACAGCACGUCAGUGACUAAGCUUCUGACCUACAUCAGUAAAGAUUAUCUGAUGAUUGUAACGAGACCAUGCAUAAUUUGUUGUAAACAAAUACAUUAAUACGUAAAGCUGCCAACGAGACUUUGCAUGUCAAGAAUCCAGCCCUUGAAAUAAUUCUCGGUCUCAGCCUGUCACCCAUUUAUAUUAGAACAGGCUAGUUUCGGUCCCGUUUUAGCCUCCGGGGCUCAAGUGUUAGUUCCCUGGGUUUAAACAGCUGGUGUUGAAUGACACAGCCUAGCCACACCACAGAGGCUGAGAUCUGAGACAUAUCUACUGAGAGAUUAGCUUAGAGGAGCCCACCUGGAGGAAAGUCCCUAUCAUCUCACACAGGCAGCCCCCCACAUUUGCAAAAACUGGCAAAGGACUAUCUGUGUGAAGCUGCAAACUGGUAGCUCAGGUGAAAUACAACCGUUUUAACCUUAGCAAGUUUGUCAAUAAAAGCCUGAAUAGAUUAUGAUACAGAAGUGAGAGCAUCCCUCUAGGGAAUGAGUCACACCACAGAUCCUUCCCAUUUCCAUGAAUGUGCCAGAACCUCAGCUGUCAAAAGUACCACAUGCCAUCAUGCAGAUUACCCAAAUGUGAUACAUUUUCGUAUUAUGUAACAUGUUGAAAAUUAAAGAAAUAUAUAACCCAUUCCAUAAAACAAAUGUAAUACCACAGUAUGUGAAAAGGCACCAUGGAUUUGAAGACUCUGUUUGGCACUAAAGUACACAAGAAAGCAUCUGCUAAGGUAUGAACAUCUGGGGCUGCUACAGAACCUCCAGUCUACAUAUAAAACAAUCCCACAAUUGGUCAAGCUUUGCAGACAACUAAGCAUGCCUCUAUGCGAUCUUCCAAAAUGACAUUUUUGCUUUGCCGUCUCACAAAGAAGGAAGAGCAUGCAUAAGGGAAAAAACCUUGCUGUUACAAUUAUCCAUAUAGAAUGGGUAGAAGAAAUAUGGCAGGUAGCCUGCAAUGGAAAAAAUGAUAAUUCUUUGAAGUCUCUUGAUGUUCUACAUGUACAAAAAUUCAGUCAAAAUUGUUUAUAUUCUCUUCUAUAUUAUUUGGUAGAACAAGUACAAUUUAUUUCAGAAAAACAAAAUACCGAAUUGCCCAUGAACAAACAACUUGUGGAUACAAGUACACUUAGCAUUGUAAGGAUGCUGAAAUCAAGUCACAUUCAUAUUAGGAAAGACAGCAAGCGUGCUAUUACUCCCUCCCUUCCUCUUAAUUCUUCCAAAACUGAACUAAUCCAUUCCAUGUUAAGUUAGAAAACCUAAAGCCACAAUUACAAAAAACCCACAAAACAAAACUACAGAGGUCUCAGAGUAGACUGAAGCCGUGAGAAGACCAAAAGUACCAAUUUUAAAAGAAAGAAAGAUAACUGGACAGUAGGGUUUCUCCUGGUUUUUUUUUCAUAUUGACAUAUGAAAGUAGCAUCAUGGUUCCGAAGGGUUUCAGUGAUUCUGCAUAGAGUCCUUUAUUGUUCAUUGUUUAUCCACACAUACUAAUGAUUUAUCACAUUAUUCACCAGUAAAGACAAAAGUAUUUCAAAUAGGCCCUCUGGGUACUGGGGAAAAAAAGAAUCAAUUGAAACAGCUGCAUAGACUAGAAGUUUUUUUUAAAAAACGGUAUAUGGUACAGGAUCUUGUCCAAGAUCUCUCCUAGAAGAUAUUGUACAAGAGACUCCAUGUGCAGUGUGGAUAGCUUUUUAUUUUUAAUGCCUUCAGUAAGAAAACUAUUCCAGUGGAAUAUUUUCAAAAAAAUACAAGUUUCUUAAAAAUGUCCACUCCAAAAUACAGGAGGAUCCUUUGUUUCACACUGAAGGCCUUUCUAACAGGGUCUCAAGUAGGCAGAUGGGAUUCCAGAGGCAUGCCUACCCUUCCGCUGGCAAGCUGGAUACUCUGCAAGCAGUGCGAUUCACACGCUGCUGGCAGGCAUCCCCCAAACACUGCCUAUAGUACCCACCACAGGUUUAAGGACUCUGCCACAAGGGUCUAUAGCUGGGACUCGAUGCCUCCCAUCUAACAGCCUAUAAAGCAGUACAGACAAUAGUCGAGUAUAUCCAUUUCUCCACCCAACUCAGCAGCAUUGCUGCUCAGCUAGAUUUAAAUAGCAGCAUCUCAUGUGACCUGAUAUUUCUUCAGGUUUAAUGAAUUUCUAAUUGCUCAUUAGCCCCAGAAGAUUUACUAAAGCAAACACAAAGACAGCUGGAGACAGUUGAAAUCUCUAAAAUGAAUGAAAGCCAAUCUUUCUGAAUAAAAUACUUGGUUCUCUUCAAAACGUGCUGGAAGGCAAAACUAACAACAGCUUCUCAUGAAACAGAAGUUCUAAUAACCCAUGAAUAAUAUGCCACAAAGUUCUGUUAAUCAAAAUAUACUGCCUUCCACAUUGAAAGAACAGCUUUACUUCCUCUGAAAUACCUUCCUAGAGGAAGGACUAAAUCCCACUAGAAUGGGAUUUCAAGAACCGUCCUAAGCACCUCCGCAGUGACACUGAAUGAGGCAGUACACACAUUCCUUCAGGGGCAAGGGAGGCGAUUCUUCAGUGAUCAACCUACAGGCAGUCUUUUGUUCACACGGUUUCUUCUCAUCAUGAUUAUCAGAAACAAAAUACAAGUCUAGCAGGACUGGAAUCAGAUUGAGGACAGUAAUCUCUAUGCUUGGUGCUGGAGAAGGGAUGAUUUUAGAAUCAUCAUGAUUUAGAAGUUUUAGAAUCAGCAGAUCCAGAUGACUGUUGAACAGAGGAGUUUUCUCUGGUCAUAGUUCACUCAGUAGACAGAGAAAUUUAGAGCUAUGAUCACCAACAUAAGCAAGAGAUUUAAUCCUAAACUAGUUGUCAGAGGUCAGAUGGUUGGAUAACCUAUAUUUGUUUCUCUCCAUCACGGGGGGGAAAAAAAAAAAAAAAAAAGAAAAAAGGAUUAUUUCAAUCUGUGCUUAACUAUGCAUUUUUCCUUCUGACUCACUUCUACCAAUAACUCAAAGCCGCCCAUUUUCCCUAGUGCUACCUUAACACAUACAAAGCAAUUUGGUACCCAAAGUCACAAUCCCAGUGAAGAAAGUGAUAGCAGAUAAUAAUUACUUCAUUCUCACAAGGGAAUUCUCCAGCAAAGUGAGAUCUGCCUAUGAAAACGUGGUGCCUAGUCUGCAGUAAAGUCACAAAAAGUGUUUCAGUGGAAUGCAGCAUGCUAACUAUUUCACUCCAAUUCCAGAACACACAUUAGUUCACACAUGAAGUAAAAAGCAUACAAAUUGAGUUUUAAAAACCUGCAGUAAAAUGAGUUAGUAAAGUCUUCAUGACAUUUUGACUUGGAAAUGAAAAGAACAAGUUAUUUCCCAGCAUACAUAUUUCCCCUCGCACAAACAGCUUCCUACUACAACUAUUCUUUUAACAAGUUUAAAGUAUACAAAUACACAUUACUGAGUAUUUCUUAUACACCUUUGUUUACCAGCACACCAAUAAGAAGCUAAAGAACAAAUAGAUUUCAGGCUGCGGCAGUGGAGGAAAACUGAAAUGAGAUCAAGUGCACCAUAAGUAACAUACAAUUCUGUAGUUUUUAGGCAGCUAGGGCUGACAGCAACCAUUCUGUAAUUUUCAAGCACUGAUGCAUGAGGCUUUGCUGCGGUGAAUUCCACUUGAUAGCUGAGAGAAAUCAGACACUACAAUCUGGAAAUGAAUUAAUAAAGACAAGCAGCAGUGGGUAGUGACGUCAAGUUGUACGAGGUUAUGAAAAAUAUUUUUUUCCAGGCAGUUAUAUAAAUGCAAAAUUCAUGAAAUAAAGAAAUCCACAUCAAA